GCCGCUUGCAUGCGAAGCGUCAAGGUUAUAUUUAGUUACAGCGUCUCGACGCUUUCUAAAUUCGGUAAUUUUUGGUCGUCUCGUAUCACUGGCACUAUUUUUAGUAUUCCAGUCGUUGACUCCUGCAUGGAGCGUUAUACACGUGCGACGAUUCACAAGACAGCCCCCGUAUGGCGGUCACGCGCAUGCGUCCGUACGUCAAAAACAGCUGAUUGGGACACUAAUCGCUAAAUCACGUUUCGCAUUUUGGGGCCAAAGCCGGCUUACACGCUACCAAAGGGGAUAAAGGGCAAGGAGGCUCACCUGACAGCACGUUUGCUUGUCGGCCUUCCGGGUGGCGAUGAGGGUGUUGUCCAGGUCGAAGAGGAUGGCGGAUAUUCCGGGGCGUCCAUUUUCCAUGGCUCGGAGUGCCAGCGGGGCAUUAGAAGGGCCUGAAUGGUUUAGAAUGCACUCCGGAUAUACUUCACCCCGCAAUAUGUCAUGGAAAGACAGAAAAUGGACAUCACGACCUCCCAGGCCCCCCUCUACUACAAUGGAUCCGAACCGAUGAGGUCAUCGGAUGUUGUCACGUUGCGCGAGUCACGUGACUCCAGGAAAAUUCCACUGGGGGCUUUAUUUAUAGAGUUUCUGCUUGGGGAAAUAACGGUUUAAUUCAGGGUGAAGCAAGGGAAAAGUGGAGACGGUAAUAAAUGACAUAAAUUCUUAUUCGUCGCCCGCCACGAAGAACGCUCCCCUUUGCGUGAUAACUUAUUGAAUUUUCAAUUAACCAAAAUCAGAAAGAAUCGGAAUUGUUAAAAAAAUGAAAAUGCUAUAAAUUAAUAAUUGUACCGCUGAGUUAAAGCAUUACUCAGCAGAAUCAGGUUUUCCGCGCUUUAUAAAGACUUCCGUUUCGCCGGUCGUGGUAAUUAAUUAACAAAAAGCAUUUCCGGUUAAACUGCUAGUAACCGCCGCCGCAAUCCGCGUCCAUUACUAACAUGCCCUUGGUAAUAAUAACUAAAUGAAUAAUUUAUAGUAACACACCCUCAUUAUAAUUUCAAUAUUCGACCCUCAAAUCAGUCAAUUCCACCGUUUGAUGGAAUCGUGCAACUUAGUACAAAUAAUGCUUAAAUUAAAGAAUAACAACCACAAGGCCGCUACUUUUCGUAAUAAACUUUUGUGGCCUUUUUUGGUAUAUGCUAGUUUUACAGGUUUUACCUUUUUUCUUGUUGUUAGUCUAUGGAAUAGGUUUCUCGAAAAUCCGACGCUAACAUCAUUGGAAAGUUCAUUAUAUUCAGUGAGCAAUAUACCGUUUCCAGGUGUAUCACUCUGUAAUCUAAAUAAAAUCAGUAAAAAACGGGCGCAAGAAAUGGCUGAAUAUAUCGUGAAAAAGACUGGACAAAAUUACACAACAAUUAUGAGUUCUUUCAAGUUCUUGGGAUUCUUGCAUGAUUCAAACUACGAUAACAGUUAUAAUGUAGAUGAGAUAGACGAAUUUCAAAAUAUUUUAGAUUCCCUUCAACUCAAAACCACCGGUUUAAUAAGAAAUCUGACCACACCUUGUAACGACCUCUUGCAACUGUGUCGCUGGAAGGGUCACAAAGUCAAUUGUACAAAUAUUUUUCAUAUGAGACUCACUUUCGAAGGUUACUGUUGUGUUUUUAAUUAUGUAAAGAAUACGUCAGAAUGGUGGAUGCGCCGGGCGAGAGACGAAACUUUGGUUUUAGAAUACGGAUCUCCAGGGAUAAGCAACGGUCUGUCGGUCGAACUUAAUAUUGAUAUAGACGACUACAUUUAUACCAUGAUGUCUUCAACCGGAGUUAACGUGCAUAUUUUCAUCCCUAGUGACUAUCCCGACAAAUCCAGCGGCGAUUUGAUUGAGAACAUUGCCGACAUCGGCACGGAAAACUUCUUGGAAAUUAUCCCCACGACCGUGAGGGCGGUUAGGGAUGUAAUGAACUACGCUGUUGACAAACGAGAAUGCCUCUUCGAAGUGGAACAAAGGACACAGUUCGGGUUGUACUCGCAAAGCGACUGUUUUGUGGAUUGCAGGGUGAGAAGUAUGAUGACUUUGUGCGAAUGCAUACCCUUUACUGUGCCUUUGAGUGACGACAGUACAGUUUGUACUUUGCGAGAUCUUCCCUGCCUUGCGAGAUAUAAAAGUAAAUGGUCAUCUCUUGUUCCGGAUAAAUGGCACGAAUACAAUAUAAAAGAACUGGAGGAUGCGCUUUUGUGUUCAAAAACUUGUUAUCCUUCAUGCGAUUCCACUUUGUAUAGAGUUAGUGCAUCCGCAGUUCAAAUUAACAAUUCUAGGUUUAGUAACAGUACUUCUAUUCAUAUUUUUUACAGGGACAGAUAUCAUAAUUUGUAUAAACAAGAUGUUGUCUAUUAUUGGUUUGAGAUACUGAGUAAUUAUGGUGGUGUAUUUGGAAUAAGCCUUGGAGUCAGUUUAAUUUCAAUUAUUGAAUGUUUAAUUUAUUCUUUCAAGUUGUUGAUAGGAAAAUAUAGAUUAUAAAAAAUA